AUGGCGUUGUUAUUGUUGUUAGACUUCUUCAAUUUUCGCUUUCAUGCACAAGGAACAAUAGUCGAAGGUGUUGGAGAUGAGGUGUUGAUAGGUCUAGCGUCUACAUUAGGACUUAUCGCAUUAGUCAGUUUACUAUACAACACACAAGGAGGUCAGAGAAACAUCCAUCCUUCGCAAGCUGAAAAUGUGCGUAUAGUGCGUGACAGAUUGGGUGUUGGGGGACAAGAAGGAAGUGAUACUGCAGGAUCCGAAGGCCCUGUAUUGCCUGAUCCGCCGCCUGUCACUUAUUCUCAUGACAGAAUAUGUCCUGUAUGUCUUACAGACGCAAAAUUUUGCACGACAACUAAUUGCGGUCAUAUAUUUUGCGGUAUGUAUAUGUACGUUCUAAAACGACAGCUGUCUAGUUCUAUUAUUUUGUGAUUUAUUUUACAUUCUGUCAGAAAUCCAAGUACAUGUUUGCUUGGUAAUCUACCUGAACAUGUAAAUUUUACGUACUUACAGGAAUCAGUUCGGUAAGAGGUUAAAUUUAGGUAAAAUUUACUUGAUUAACAAACAACUCCCGAACAUUUUUUCUUGUUUUGCCAAACAUUUAUACCCUCUGGUUAAAGUAAUGGUGUGAUCACUUUGCUUUAGAAGCUUAAGUAAUUUCAUGGCUCAUGAAUUUGGAAACUCAUCUAAAUUACAAUGAGAAUCCUUUCAACAACAAGAUUCUUGAUAUAUAUCUUACUUAUCAGAUCGCUUAUCAGCUGUAUGCUUUAAUUUGAUCUGCAUGCAUGCAUUAACCAAAUGCAACUUUAUUAAUUUGGUGACACAGGUUGUAAGAAGGCAACCUAUGUCCCAUUUACAGUAAUCCAGGUACAGGACUCCGGAUUCCUUGUCAGUGGAACUCGGAUUCUAGACUCCAAUUAGCCUGCAAGCAAGCUCUCCAUUUGGGUCUCCCUUCGCAUGCCACUUGCGCGUGUACUUUUCAUGAUAUCCCCCAAAUGGAGAGCUUUCUUGCAGGCUAGGUUCCAAUGGUUAGCAGUAUUCUGGAUUCAUUGUGCUUAAAUUUAUAGGUUCCAAAGCCCAGGUUUCCAAAUUCCACCAAAAUUGUUUUCAGAUAAUUACAGAAUCAGAAUUACCUUACUUAGAGCAGCAACCUGUUAAUGCAGAAAGGCAUCUUACAACCAGGAGUCUUACAAUCAGGGGUCUUACAACCAGGGGUCUUACAACCAGGGGUCUUACAACCAGGGGUCUUAUGACCAGGGGUCUUACAACCAGAAGUCUUACAACUAGGUGUCUUACGACCAUUAGUCUUACAGCCAGGGGUCUUACGACCAUUAGUCCUACAACCAGGAGCAGAAGUCUUACACAACCAGGAGUCUUACAACCAGGAGUCUUACAACCAGGGGUCCUACCACCAGGGGUCUUACAACCAGGGUUCUUUACAACCAGGGGACUUAAUGACCACGACUCUUACAACCAGGGGUCUCACAACCAGCAGUUUUACAACCAGGGGUCUUAUGACCAGAAGUCUUACAACCAAGGCAGAAAGGCUAAUUAAAAGUUUAUAAUAAAAUGAUAUUUAACAUUCUAGCUCCCUGUAUUAUAACAUACUGGAGGUACGGAAGAUGGCUUGGUGCUGUUAAUUGUCCUGUUUGCAGACAGCAGGUAAGAAAAAAAUUAUAACAGUCACUUGAAAUCCUCAAUCAUAGGGCAAUAUUGAGGUUAGGGGCAGCUAGAAUUGACUAAUGCAUUUUAUUAAAACUGAAUCAUUGGAUAAUGUCAUUCUAGAGCUCUGAUUGGCUUAGCUAUCACGGUACAUGAGCCAUUAUACCAUGCUCUCCAAACAUGGUAACUGUACGCAUCUGCUCAAAAUUAAAAACAAGCUGAAAAUCGGUUGCUUUCACAAAUAUUACUGCUAUUUUCUUGUAGUCCCCUAUGUGCAUGAUUUGCCACUGCCCUACCAAACCAAAACCCCAGUUUAAAAACAACCCCCCCCCCCCCCCCAAAAAAAAAAAAAAAAUUAAAAAAAUUAAUAUCAUGGACCAACAAGAGCAUUCCUGCAAGAGAUUGAUUUGGUGGCAUUUGGGACAGGCUAAUUGAAAGAUGAUAUGUUGUCCGCAUCAAAAUCAUGUAGAAGAAAAUAUUUUUUUGAGUUGGUUCUAUAACUAGAUGGUGAUUGUGCAUGUUUUAUAGUUUCAGCAUCAGAGCUCCACAAGUUAAAUACUAUUUUAGAAGCCCAAAGCUCUGAGAAUUUCUGUUAAUACCUUGACAAGCCUAAAAAUGCGAGUUACGCUCAAUGGGGAUGUGACAAAUGGAACAUCUUCCGCAUCCCUCUCCCCCACCAAAUGGAACAUCUUCCUCAUCCCUCCCCCCACCAAAUGGAACAUCUUCGUCAUCCCUCCCCCCACCAAAUGGAACAUCUUCCCCCAUCCCUCCCCCCUCCCCUUUGAGCUUUCAAAACAUCUACCCUCUCAUCUCUCAUUAUUUGUCACCAGGUAACAAUCCUAUUUUCAAAUUUCUCUGAUGAGGAUAGAGCGUUACCAGAAGCUGUUCAAUAUAGACGUGAAAUAAAUGAAUAUAACAGAAGAUAUUCUGGAGUCCCAAGACCUGUAAGUACACAGGCUAAACAUUUGACUUAGGGAGUUAAGAGACCUUGAUCACUUCAACACUCUUUGGCCUCAUUGUAAAUGUGGUGAUUUUCAGGUAUGCAUCCCUUUCAAAAGGUUCUGUUCAAGCUUGCAUACACUUUGAAGUUGCAACAAGAUCAAAUUCCUGAGAUCUUGUGAUCUGUAAUGGGGUGAUAUAGUAUACCGGUGAUAUAAAUGAAGGGGUUACCUCCAAAUGAAAGAGCUCUAGAUCUGUUGGUUGUAUCAAUAGAGAUUUUUCUUCAAGUUACCACUAUAAGUCUUAAUGAUAGCAACCUGACAAUAGUUUCAACUCAGUCAAGAUAAAACAAGAUUUAGCAUUAUAAAAAAUAAUAUUGACUCUGGGUGUCUCAAGACAAAAACUGUUUAUAAUCAAAAGCUACAUGCAAACGGAUGCCACAACUCCCAACAUUGUUGGAGCUAAAUGUUUGACGGGUUUCAAACUUUGCACAACAACACGCAAUAAGCAACAUGCAACAGCGUGUGCAAAUGGACGCAGCAUGUAACAUCCAACAAUGUUGCAUCCAUUUACAUGGGGCUAAAGAUUACACAGGUCACUGUGUUUUUGAUCACCCUUUCUCUGUCUCUAAUGGUAAGCUGGUGAUGUUGACAGUUGCCCCUGCGAAUUUUGCAUGGAUGUCAGCGAGAUGUUCCACCACCCAUUCAAUCAAUCAACAGUUGUACCAUCAAUCACUCUAAUCUAUGUUACAAGUGCAGUCUUUGUCAAAUGUAAUAAUCUAAGAUUGAAAUUGAUACACAAAUUAUAUUUAAUUUUGCAGUUAAUGGACUAUAUAUAUGAUCUGCCAACACUUUUACGACAGCUGUUUAGAGACCUGUUUUCGGUUGGUGGUCUUGUCUGGGUUCUUCGACUUAGAAUCAUCUUAUGCUUUUUUGCGGCUGCACUGUACUUUGUAUCUCCACUGGACAUUAUUCCCGAGUCUGUGUUUGGAUUCCUGGGUCUUUUAGAUGAUGUUCUUAUUAUUUUGCUACUGUUGGUGUACGUCACGGAAAUGUACAGGAGAGUAAUUGCAAAUAGAGCAGAGGAAACAACGUGAUUAUUGAAUACAGAUUAUCAAAAGGGUGAAAGACAAACUGUGAAACUUGCAGAAGACACUGUGUUAUCAGCUUGAUCAGAAUGAAGGAAACCAGUUCUUGGAAUGGUAGAAAAACACUGCAAGAUUACAAUGAAAGUGUGCAAAAAGGGUGAUUGGAAUUAGAGUCGAGAGAAAAUGAAGCAGUAGACAAUUAUUACGCCAAAGAAACAU